AUGAGUCGGUACGCCAACGGCUACGGUGUCGCUGCUGCCAACACCACCAACACCACCAACGGCAAAGCUGCCAACGGAUUCGCCAAGUCAGAACGACACGACGAGCGGGCCUCACAGUCAGGGUCGGAGGACGGGAGUACGGGCUCUACAGUGACCAGCACAAAAUCGACGCAGACAUCGACGGUGCGCCUAUACCUUCUUGCGACGACGCGAUCGAGCGUCACGCUAAUUAGCUUCACAGAAGAGUCCAGUGCGCUCAUCUCGCAGACACUCAACGCAGACGGCACACCGAAGCGUCCAAUGAACGCCUUCAUGAUAUUCGCGCGACGCAGACGACCGCAGGUCUCAGCAGAAAACCAGGCGAUGCGGACGGGGGAGAUCAGCAAGAUCCUGAGCAAGGAGUGGGUGUCGAUGCCUCCGUCCGAGAAACAAUUUUACCUCGAGCAAGCCAAGCAGCUGAAGGAGACGUUCAAUUCAAAGUACCCUGACUAUGUCUACCGAAGGCGACCGAACAACUCGCGCAAGCGUAGACGCUCAGAUGCAGCCGCGUCCGCGCGGACCGCCGAGCAGGGGGCCCUAGCAGACGGACAGCACCCCGACGACAUGGCCGGGUUCGAGCUCGACGGCUCGCCCACAGACGGCGGCGACGACCACCUCGACGGCACCCUCCCCCCCAGCGCGUACCAGCACCCGCACCCGCGCGACCACCAUCUGUCACAGCACGCGCUCGUCGACCACAGCAAGUAUGGACUCGCGGGCGGUGGCGGCGGCGGCGGGCACACGCACACUCGCGGUCCGCACCCGUACCCACCGCCCCCCGACCCGCCGUUCCGCACCACGAACGGACACCACGCGGACGCCCGCCUUUCCUACUCUGCAUCCGGCGCGUCUGACCGCAUGACCCAGCCGAUGGGUAACUCCCCGCGCAUGGGCCCCAGUGGUGGCAGCGGUGGCAGCGUGCACUACUCGCCCUACGGCGCACAGUCGUCGUCGUCGCCGUUUGGGACGGGCGGGAGCGACCUGCUUGGUUCGACGCACCAGGGGUGGCAGCCGCGCACGGAGCGGAUAGGCAGUGGGUCGAGCUGGCUCGGUGGCAGCCCUGAAGCGACGCGCCUGCCUGCGCCGAUAAGUGGGCCCAAGGUGAACGGGUACUCCUCAACAGCCGCAUCCUGGCCAGAGACCGCCAACGGAGGCGGCGCCGGGAACCCCUCCUCGUCCCCAGCCAACUUCUUCCCCACGCUGAACACGCCCUUCUACCCCGGCCAGCCGCCGCACCACCCGCAGUUCCAGUCCAACACGGCAGCGGCGCCGUCGCCCGCGACGACGAUCCCCCCGUUGUCAUCGCCCCCGUCGCACUUUGAGGGACUCGGCGGGAUACCCUCGAACCCGCUGUCCCGGGAGUUUGGCUCGUCGAGAUCGUACGCGUCGUCGUCGUCGAACAACAACGUGACAGGCGCGCCGCACCCGUUCUCACUCCCGUCGACACGAGAUUCGUUUUCGUUUACCCAGCGGAGCCUGCCCCCGGUGCAGACUGGCGGGUACUCACACUCCCAGCCGUCUUCUUCGUCCUCCGGGUCGGGCCAUGGACACGCGCCGCCAGUGUUUUGGAGAGAUUGA